AUGAGUUCGGUCCGCCUAGCCACCGCACGCAAUGAAGCCGGCCUGGAGAAGGGGCUCAAGACAAAAGAUCGACGACAAGCAAAGGCCUCGACCACUCUAAAGAGCACCGAGACAAUCGAUGCAAAUCAACAACUCAAAAGCUGCCAUGAAGCACAAGGGGCCAAGCACAUGGAGAUUAACAAAGUCAUCAACCUGAACGCAGGAAGAAUCGUGGUGUUUGUAGUCGCAAGCAAUGUUUAA